CAGCUUCUGCAUCCUGGCACAAGUCUGGCUGCCCCAGAAUCCAGUUUCCCAAACGUGGCGCUCCCUCCGGCUCCGUUCUGCUUUUACCCGUCCAGGUUCAUUCCGGUCUUGCCAGGUCCACGCUGCUCCCAUUGUGUUCCAUAUAUUGAUGUUACGUUACUACUGCUAACAGAAGGUUGGAGAUCGUCCCCAAGUCCGUCUCCUCGUCCCCAACCCUUAAGUGGCCGAGGGUGGACAGUCCAGAAGCGGGGAGUAGGCAUAGUGGGAGGGACCUCCGCGGACUCCGAGGGCGAGUCGGGAGCUGGGCUAGGAGCCUUCAGUCGGCCGGAGCUCUGGAUGUGGGCGCCAGACAAGUCCGCGGCGCCUGCCCCCGCGAUGGACAGCCGCUACACCAGCACCGCUGGCCUCGGGGAUUUAAACCAGCUGAGCGCAGCCAUCCCGGCCACACGAGUGGAGGUGUCCGUGUCCUGCAGAAAUCUUCUUGACAGAGACACAUUUUCUAAAUCUGAUCCCAUUUGUGUGUUAUAUGUACAAGAAGUUGGAAAUAAAGAAUGGAGAGAGUUUGGAAGGACUGAAGUAAUUGAUAACACUUUAAAUCCUGAUUUUGUAAGAAAAUUUAUUCUGGACUACUUUUUUGAAGAAAGAGAGAAUCUUCGUUUUGACUUGUAUGAUGUUGAUUCGAAGAGUCCCAAUUUGUCCAAACAUGACUUUCUGGGACAAGUGUUUUGUACAUUGGGGGAGAUUGUUGGUUCACAGGGAAGUCGCCUGGAAAAGUCCAUAGUAGGAAUUCCAGGGAAGAAAUGUGGUACAAUCAUACUUACAGCAGAGGAAUUAAACUGUUGCAGAGAUGCUGUUCUGAUGCAAUUUUGUGCAAACAAAUUGGAUAAGAAAGACUUCUUUGGAAAAUCAGAUCCUUUUCUAGUAUUUUAUCGAAGUAACGAAGAUGGCAGUUUUACAAUUUGUCAUAAAACAGAAGUUGUCAAAAACACCUUAAAUCCUGUAUGGCAAGCAUUUAAGAUCUCAGUCAGAGCUUUAUGUAAUGGCGAUUAUGACAGAACAGUCAAAGUAGAGGUGUAUGACUGGGAUCGAGAUGGAAGUCAUGAUUUCAUUGGAGAAUUUACAACAAGCUAUAGGGAACUUUCUAGAGGGCAAUCACAGUUCAAUGUAUAUGAGGUGAUAAAUCCCAAAAAGAAGGGAAAAAAGAAGAAAUAUACUAAUUCAGGAACAGUCACGUUACUGUCUUUCUUGGUAGAAACAGAAGUUUCAUUCCUUGACUAUAUUAAAGGAGGAACGCAAAUCAAUUUCACAGUGGCAAUUGAUUUUACUGCAUCAAAUGGCAACCCUGCCCAGCCCACUUCUCUCCACUACAUGAAUCCUUAUCAACUGAACGCCUAUGGUAUGGCACUGAAAGCAGUGGGAGAAAUCGUUCAAGAUUAUGACAGUGAUAAAAUGUUCCCAGCUUUAGGUUUUGGUGCAAAACUUCCUCCAGAUGGAAGGAUAUCUCAUGAGUUUGCUUUGAAUGGGAACCCUCAAAACCCCUACUGUGAUGGCAUUGAGGGUGUCAUGGAGGCUUAUUAUAGGAGUCUGAAAUCUGUGCAACUGUAUGGACCAACCAACUUUGCUCCUGUGAUUAAUCAUGUAGCAAGAUAUGCUUCUUCCGUAAAGGAUGGCUCCCAGUAUUUUGUGCUCCUGAUUGUGACAGAUGGUGUUAUCUCAGAUAUGGCUCAAACUAAGGAGUCCAUAGUUAAUGCUUCAAAACUUCCAAUGUCAAUAAUUAUAGUAGGUGUUGGACCAGCAGAAUUUGAUGCAAUGAUUGAAUUGGAUGGAGAUGAUGUAAGAGUUUCCUCCAGAGGAAAAUAUGCUGAAAGGGACAUCGUACAGUUUGUGCCAUUCAGGGAUUACAUUGACAGAAGCGGAAACCAUAUACUGAGCAUGGCAAGAUUAGCUAAAGAUGUCCUCGCGGAGAUCCCUGAGCAGUUUCUCUCCUACAUGAGGGCCAGAGGAAUCAAGCCAUCACCUGCACCUCCCCCAUACACCCCACCUGCACAUGUGUUACAGACUCAAAUAUGACUGUGCUUCGAAAUGCUAACAUAACUACACUUCAGUUAGAACUGCUGAGUCCAUGCUUUUCUCCUGGUGCUCUAUAAUGAACCAGGGAAUGAGAUACUUUUCUCCGUUUGGUUUCAGCAGUAUUGGUUAGUAUGCUUUCUUGGGAUCCAAAAUUUAUUAUCUUCCUAAACCAAAACUGUAAAUACAGUUGUUGCAUGAGCAACAGAAAAGUUGUUUAAAUGCCUGAAGCAAAAUAUGGGUGUCUUCUCUGAAUCUUUAAAUUUUUUUUUUUUUGGACAGAAACAGCUAAUUUCCAAUGUAUUGUUGGGAAAAAGCACAAUCUGUGUUUUUAACUCAAAUAUUGUCCUCGACUGCUACGUAUAUUGGAAAGCAGUCUCUCUGUAUCAAUGUUUACAUGUUACUACUUUUUAAAUUCCAAUACUUUUAUAACUGUUCUUAAGAAUACAAGUUUUGAAUAUUGAAUCCUUUGUCUUCUAUAUUGCAAUAGCUAUAAUCGCAACAGCAAUAUCUCUUGGAAUGACUGUCUGGACAAAUGCAAUUGCAAGCGAGGGACAGUAAAGAUACUUUCACAUUUCUCAGUAAGUGAAUUGUCUUACGAACCUGCAUCUGCUUAGUAAUCAGGUCCUCUGUGCUAUUUGCCAAAUAUGGGAGUUUACACUUAGCAGAUGUGUAUCCUGAAAAAACAUGCAUUUUUCAUGAAGUUUGGGUUCUAAAUUUAGACUGAAGUUUGUUUAUGUUUUGUAAUGCUAAGUAGAAAUAAUAAAAAGUCAAACAUCGUGAACUAUAAAUGCACAGAAAAUACUUUGUGUAUAAAGUAGCAUCUUUAUAUUACAGUACUAUGUAGAAAGACUAAAAUCCAGAACAUUUAACUGUUAACCAUGUAGCAGAUGUUUUAAACUUUUUAUUUCAUUAUACCUUGUCUAGAUAUUUUAAGUCAAAGGGAUACUGGCUCUCUUGAUUUGGACUCCUUUCCAAGUUGCCAGGCAGGGUGCACAGGCUGGAAGUUUUUUGUGAAAUUCCCAGUUAAAUAUACACAACCAUGUGACUUAGUGCACAACACAUUUGUGAAAUAACCACCCCUAUAUACUGAUCUGCCUGUCCACAAUUAACUGUAAAGAGUUUUUGCAUGUACAGUUUUUACAAGAAUUACAGUUUUGUGACAAGAAUGAUGGUUGGGUCUAAAUUAAAGCAUUUCUUUGGAACAAAUGGCCUUAAAUUCUCACAGAAUUCCUGGAAAUGAUUGUGAAUCGCCUUUAAGUAAUACAAAAGUAUAUUUAUUUUUAUUUUGUGUCAAUAAUGUAACUGCUUUAUAAUAUUUUCCUUACUUGUAACCUAUUUACUACUUGGUUUAUUUCUACUCUAUGUUGUUCUCUUUGUCCCAAGUUGACUUAGGGUGACUUUUAUAAGCAUGAAACUAUUUUAUGGAAAAGAAAAAUAUAUAUAUUCACAUAUCUAACAGUAUCAAUGUUAUAUAAUUAUGUAAUCUUUAAUUGUCCAUUUUGGGGUAUAUAUUAAAAUCUUUGAAAGGAUAACUAUUUGCUCUGUAAAUUUUAUGUAUAAAUGACAUGAAAUCUGAUGAUUUCCUUUCCUUUAUUUCCUUUAAAUAUUUAUGCUAGUAUAGUUUAUUAGCCUACAAUUUUAUUAUUUGCCUUCAUUCAUCAGUUCAAAAAAAAUAAAAAUAAAUAAGUUCAAUAUUCUUCCUUUUUUCUCAAACAUCAGUUAUUUUUGUUUGGAUUGAUCAGAAAAAAAUGAAAGGUGUACAUUUCUUUAUCCAAAUAAUAGUGUGCCCAAACCUAGUGGGGGCAGAUGGUUAAGAAACAGUUUCAGUUACAAGCUUUAUCCUUCACGUGGCUGAGAAUAAUCAUUAGAAAUAUGUGUGAUGUUAGUUCUAUGUGUAAGAUUAGAAAAUACCUAGACUUGUCUCCUUGUUGUAUAAAUGAAGAAACCAAGACUGAGGGGGUUAGGUGAUUUAUCCAAGACUAUGUAACUGGAGGUAAUCUCAUUACCAUUGUGUAACUACUUAAAUUUUGGGAGUUGCUGUUAGGGGAUAUACAAUGAAAAAUACCAGAGACAUAUUCCGUAAAUGCAAAUAUAUUCCAACAGUUGCACAUAUGAUCUAGGGAUAUUCAGACAUUAGGUAAUGAGCAAUGAGAAAGACGUAUCGAAAGAGGAGUGAUAGCUCCAAAUCAUCAAACCUGCUGCAGAAAGUGGACUAUGACUGGGCAUCCUCAAGAACCCUGAAGUCUUUGGAUGCUGUCCUCUCUCUCUAAUCCCAUUCCCUUCCUUUCUGAUGAAAACCAUCUUAACUCCAGGAUGAACCCUCAGCCUUCUAGUCAAACAUCUCUAUCAUCUGGUUUUACACAAUUAUAUAAUAUCAAUUCCCAUUGCUUUCCAAAUGAAUAUUAAAACUAUCCAGGCGUGUCUCAUCACUCUUCCCCAACAAAUCUGAGUUCACUUGGAGUCUCAGGCAUAGUUCAUAAUUUUUCUUUCUAUCAAGCUCUCUCCUGAGACCUCCACCUAAGAUAUUCUUUGCAUGUUCUAACUCAAGCCCCAACUCCUCCUACAUUGUUUUAAAACUUCCGCUAACAACAAUCAGUACCUUCUAUGAUCUCAUCUUUACUUUGCAUUUUAACAUAUAAUCACCUCAUGUUAUAUACAAACUAUUUUACUUUGUCUGGGGCAUCUUGUCUCCCCAGCACCAGAGAAUAUGAUUUAAUGGCACUUGGAACAGGUACAUUUUCAAAGCUUCCCAGGUUACUGUAAUAUGUAACUAGAGCGUAUAACUGUUGCCAUUAAAGAACAUCGGAUGAUUCAAUCACUACUUUUAAAAUUCUCUCUCCCAGAAAGUAAUAUGGGGAGAAAAGAAAAGGUAGAUACAAGCCUGAAUAGUGUUGGGGGAGAGUAGCAGUGACAGUAGGUGUGCAGCAUAGGCUAUUUUGUUCUUUAGACUUAGUGAAGAUAGUUAGGUGGACUCGUACUUUUUCCCUCCUGUAGCUUGUCAUCAGCUUCGCGUGUAAAGAGGUUUCUCUCAAAAGGAUGAGGUCAAUGUGGUUGUUUCUUAGAGGACCAGCAACUGCCAAAGAGUCUACUGAACAGCAUGCCUUGUCCUUUCAGCUUGUGUUUAUUUUAACUAUUUUAUGCCUUUGCGUUACUUAUAUCUGUAAUUGACACAAAAUGACAAGGUACUCAAUAAAAAUUCACUUGAAGACUAAUUUAUGUUAUUAGCACAAAUAAGAUACACUUCCUAAUAAAGAAACAGAGCUGAGG